AUGAGAGGAGAAAAUGGUGAGAAACGAAGUCAACUAACUGGCCAAGCCUACCAAGCGGCCUCUCAGCCGGGCAAAGUGGUAUACAGGAGAUUCUGUGAUGACUUGGAGGCAGUGUUCACCACCCACGAGAUGGAGAAGAGACCGCACUUCAAGCCAGAACAGUUGCACCCACAGCCGGCCCACUUGAUCAAUGAACUCACUCCAGAGGCCAUGAUUGAGUACAAUAACUGCAUGAUGAGACUGGCCAACAGGGUUCUGCCGACAAAGAUGCAGCUGUUCCUGCCCUUCUGUGAUUUCGACAGGAACAACAAGGGCACGGUGACACGUGAACAGUUCAAGCGAGUGCUGAACGAACAACUCAAUCUGGGACCCCAAAUGACAGCGAGGGACUACAGUAUCCUGUUCAACUAGUUCUGCAACCGGUCGGGAGGAGUGGGCAUGCCUCUCGUGGACUAUGUGCCCUUCUGUCACGAAGUGUACAAGUUAGCCCACAUUGACUACCAGGCACCAUUGACGACUGCAAAGCAUCGUAUCAACAAAAUAAGAGAACAUUGAUGCACUAAAAUCCAAUGAGAGAAAAAAAUGUCGAGAAAAAAAGUCAACUAACUGGCCAAGCGUAGAUGCCUAAUAGUCUUAUCAUAUGAAAAGCUGCUUUAAAACGCAAAUUUAGUUUGUAUAUUGUUCAAAUUAGAUUUCAAAUCUCUGAAAACGUUGGC